CCCAAGGCGGAAGGGGCUCUGGGACAGAACCUGUUCGCUGGUGCAGAGAUGGCUGCGGGCGUCCCGUGUGCGCUAGUCACCAGCUGCUCAUCCACUUUUUCCGCAGACCGGCUAGUCCAGCAUAUCCUUGGAACAGAAGAUCUUAUUGUGGAAGUGACUGCCAACGAUGCCGUGAGGUUUUAUCCCUGGACCAUUGAUAAUAAAUACUAUUCAGCAGAUAUCAAUCUAUGUGUGGUGCCAAACAAAUUUCUCGUCACUGCAGAGAUUGCAGAGUCUGUUCAAGCAUUUGUGGUUUACUUCGACAGCACGCAAAAAUCUGGUCUUGAUAGUGUUUCCUCCUGGCUUCCACUGGCAGAAGCAUGGUUACCUGAGGUGAUGAUCUUGGUUUGCGAUAGAGUGUCUGAAAAUGGUGUAAACCGACAGAAGGCUCAAGAGUGGUGUAUCAAACAUGGCUUUGAAUUAGUAGAACUUAGUCCAGAAGAGUUGCCUGAGGAGGAUGAUGACUUCCCAGAAUCUACAGGAGUAAAGCGAAUUGUUCAAGCCUUGAAUGCCAAUGUCUGGUCCAAUGUAGUGAUGAAGAAUGAUAGGAACCAAGGCUUUAACCUUCUCAGCUCAUUGGCUGGAGCAAACCAUAGCACUGGAUCAGCAGAGACCUGCCACUCAGAGCAGCCCCAGUUGCCAGCAGCAGAGAGGACUGAACCCCUCUUGGAUCAUCGAGGUGGUGCCUCUAAUACAACAGACACUCAGGUCGAUAGCAUCGUGGAUCCCACGUUAGACCUGGAUAUUCAAGAACUAGCCAGUCUUACUACAGGUGGAGGAGAUUUGGAGAAUUUUGAAAGACUAUUUUCAAAGUUAAAAGAAAUGAAAGACAAGGCUGCGACGCUUCCUCACGAGCAAAGAAAGUUGCAUGCAGAAAAGGUGGCCAAAGCUUUCUGGAUGGCAAUUGGGGGAGACAGAGAUGAAAUUGAAGGCCUUUCGUCUGAUGAAGAACACUAAAUUAUUCAUGCUAGGGCUUGACUACCAAAGACCCUAGCUCCCUCUACCUGAGCUACUUCCCUACUCAACCCAGUCAUCUUUUGCUGAGCUCCCCAUCAUCAUGUUGGCCGCCUGACUUGUUUAUAGGCUCCCGUGAAUUUUAGUUUUUAGUAGGGGGUAAAGCAGACAUCUCUCCUCCCUCAGAAUAUCGUGGGGGAGUGAGAAUGACAAUAAGGAGUGAGGAAUUCUCAAAUACGCUUUUUUGCUCUAGGAACAGGGGUGGGAUGAGGCUCCAAGGCCUGUGUGAUAGGACCAAGUUAAAGGCGAAGAACCACCAGGCCAUUCCUGGUCAGUCUUCUAAGCAGCGUUCCCCGCGUUCACACGUGAUCACUGCAGAUCGGGAGCCUGUGCCACCUUUCCUGGGUUCUGGAUUCUUUCUGUCAAGGAACUUGCUGCUCUGAGGUUUGAUGCUUUCGAUGGGAGGAAAGAUUUAAUCUGUGCUGUAGUAUAGACUAUGUGCCAAAGCCACUGGCCCUCAGGUUAGUCUCUAGCUAAAAAAAAAAAAAAAAAAUGCAUCUGGUCAUUUCAUUUGAAAUACAGUAUCUGAGCUCAUGCUAGAAAGUACUGAGAAACCAUUGUGAAUUUUUAGACUGUAGUAAAUGAUGCAAGGGUUUCCCACUCUGGUAGGGAUAAAAUAAACCCUCCUCUACCAAGUUGUGGGUCUGUCGGUAUGCGUGUGUAAGAGAGAGAGAAGCUUAAGGAAUUCCCUCUAUAGGCCACUGAAACGGUAUGAUCAUAUCCUGAGAUUUUUGCAUUAGUGUUACCGUGGAGAAAGUUUUCUUUCUUAGAGUUCGCUACCUGAGAUGGCAGAGCUGUGUUGUCACAACUCAUACCCUCAAAACAAGGCAAGUUUCCUUUUCUCUUUCUGAAAGCCAGAGAUCACUGCCAAAAUAGUAACACUAAGGAGUGGGCUUGGUGGGAAAGGAUAUGAAAUGUUAGGCAGUGAAUCCCUGAGUACCUUGUGUUACUUCCAGGGCUCAGUGGGUCAGCUCUAGGGGAAAUGAUCACCAAGGGGAAAGUUUCCAGAGGAAGAGUGGGAAAUAGAGCAAAUGUAAUCCUUAUUUUCUGUUUUCGUAGGCACUUUGUAAUGCAUGUCAUGAGCCUUUACUGUGGUAGUCACUGCCAUGGCUCUAAACUGGCUCAGGGCACAUGGCCUGAGAACUGCUGCUUUCCUAGUGUGGGUAGGAACCUCUUAGGUCACCAGCAGAAACAAGUUUCAGACACCUUUGUGCAACACCUUCUAAGCACUGCAGAACCUGACAGAUGGCAGAAUGACUGGAAUGCUCCAGGUUCCGGGCCAGGGUGACUGCAGGAGGGAAGGUUUCAGUGAUUGGAGCCAUUCCAGGGAACAUUGGAGGCUAUCUUGCUUGAUACUUUUUUCUUUUUCUUUCUUUUCUUUUUUCACUAUCUGAAGGUCUUUGAGACUGUAGUUUACCAUCAUUCCAUCAGUGUUUCUUUGAGGUAACUGCAUCAGCCAUUGACUGGGAAUAUAAGGGAAGCUGGCCCUGGGGUUGCAAGAUGAAAGGUGGAACAUAUUUUUCUUAAAACAUGAAAGGUUUCAGAAAAUACAUUAGGUCACGUGGUUAGGGAAAACAAACUAGAAAAAGCUGUGAACUUGAUUUUGUGGAUUAAACAAAGCCAGGUGAUUAAAAUGUGAUUUAUUUAUAAAGUCUGCUUAUGUGUAUUUUUAUGAUUUUGUUGGGUUUUUUUUGGGGGGGGUGGGGAAGCCUUCCUUUAUUGGAUUAGGCAUAAACAGCAAAUAAUCUAAGAGUUUGUCAAACUCACUCUUUUAGAAUCCACCAUUUAAAUGUAUAAUAUCAAGUCAUGUUUUCAAGAUCUCAGCUAUCUGGGGGUAUUGGCCCCUUCUAGGGGAGAUGUGAGAUUAAAGUGUCCAGUGGUACCUACUAAAGGCCCAUUUUAAGAAGAGUGAUCAUGAGCUAAUAUUGUAAUAAAAAUUGCAUUCUAUCUAAAGUGACCUAUGUACCUGCCACCAUAAGUUAUUAUGGACUGUCCAUCUGGGAUUUAAAACAAGAACCUCGGCUUUUUUUUUUCCUUAAACAUUUUUCUAUUUGUGUAGCAUGGUGUCUGGCACAUAGUGGGCACUUAAAGCUGGUUUGGACUUGCAUUCAAUAGUUUUGAUGACCAUGAUCCUAAAGUUUUAAGGUCCAUGAGUGUUGGGAGGUAGGGAGAGAUAAGAAUAAACUUUUUACUUCCCUGAGAAAAUCAUAUGUUAUGUAAUAAUUUUAGAGUGAUGAAGACAUAGAUAUUUUUAUAAUUUUAAGAUAUGUUAUCCUGCCAGAAUAUGAGAAGAUUGACAGAACCAGUUUGCUUGCUCUCUUUUUAUAGAACUUGGCCACAUCUAAUUCAGAGAAGCUGGAGAUUCAGGGAUGCUAGACUUAGAUGGCUGAGUAAUAUGGGAUGUGGUUCAAGGCCCAUAGAGCGUGUCAAGCCAUUACUGCAAACUACUUAUAACAAAGGAAAUGUGAUCUGUUGCUAACUUCGUGUUCCCACCAUGGAGAGGUGAGGAUAAACAUUUUUGCCGUGGCCUGUCGGAUUCCCUUAACCUUGGGUCAGUCUCUUGACAGUGGCCAUCGAGAGAGCACGUGGAGUGCCCCUUGCCCUGCCUUGGCCUGCCGUGGAAAAACAGUCUUUGAAGAAUCACUGUCUAAGGAAUGAAGAAUUGAAAAGAGGUAAUAGCAACAGCGUGAUCUUUUGUUGAACACUACUGAGCCCUGGCCCAGCUCUAAAUGAUGUGCUGUUUUACUUUGUUUCUUGUUGGAAAAGCAUUGAUUCAAAACCUGGACCUAAUGGUUAUAACUAACUGCAUCUUUAGAACACAGGAAAUCUCAGGAAUUCAUCAAUGGUGUUAGAAGGCCUCAAACUGGAAGUUAAGGACGAGCAACUGCAACCUGUUCCUUGAUCCUGAUGAGAGCUGAAACAAGGACUCAGUGCAGCCAGCACUGGCUGGGACCCUCCUUGGUGACAGACUGUGCUGGCCGUGGCCGAACCUGCAGACUUGGGAGCGAAGUCAUGUGAGCUGGAGAGUGUGGAAACCUGCUUCUUUCGGAACCUGAAACCUACCUCCAUUGCCUGUGGCAAGAUUAAUCCGGUGGCGUCCACGCACUUGCCAAAGGCUCUCAAAUACAAAGGGAAUGAUAAUCCGGUGGCGUCCACGCACUUGCCAAAGGCUCUCAAAUACAAAGGGAAUGAACGCGAAGUAACAACGCGGAGACAGCGUCGCUGGGACUUGUGCAGUGCUGGGAGACGCGCCAACUGGGAGACUGGACACCUUCACGUGCCUGACCCGGAGGCUCCUGCUAUCCCUGCAGGACUGGCUGGCACUGCGUGUUGCCCUCGGUGAGUGAAUGAGGGCAGCGGGGCUGUGGCAGAAUGGGACCUGGCACAUCCUUGGUCAAAGUGCACUUGGGCUUGGAGACACGUUUCUCUGAAGCCCCUGGGGCCCUUUAACCUCUUCUCUCCACUCAGACAUGGCAGCGAGAAUGAGAGCGAGCUUCUGGCCCAGCAGCUUUUCAAUGAAAAGUUUAUUAGAAGGGCACUUACAGGGGAGAGAGAAGGAGAGAGAGGACACAGUUCUUUAACAAUAGGGGGUACAAUGCUUAAACAGGUGCUCUGCUCUUAAGAUAAAAGUUAGAAAAAUCUAAAACACUAUAAAUACAUACAUGCUUUUUACAAAGGUAUUAAAAGGUCAGGCUGGCUGAGAAGGGAAGGUAAUCAACAUCCUCCGCGUUCUUUUUCCCCACCCAAACGCACACCCAAACAGGCGUCCUGCCCAGAACAGCCUAGUUGCAACAGCAGCACUGAGGGUGAAUGAAGGCUUCCUGGAGGAAGAUGGCUUCAUCCCUCUGGACAGUUCUCACCCCUAGGAAGGGAGAGGGGCUUGGUUCAGAGGCCCCCACGUAAGGGCCUGUAUUCGACUCUGAGCUGCCUGUGUCACAUGCUGCCACGUGGGGAGCCAGCCUGGGUCAGUCGUCCCAGGUGCUGAGCCCAAAAGCCACUGCACCCUCUACCAGCGUUUGGAACUGGCUGUGCCCCGUCUCUUCCCAGCCACUGUCCUUGGGAGGAGAGCCUUUUCCAACUUUCUUCAAAAAAUUAAAUAGUUAUCUGUCUUGAAUGGUUUUAAGAAAUUAUUACAUAAAUAUAAAAACACCAGAAUGCUCGAGUGUACAUUACUUUAGCAUAAAAGAAAAAAAUUACAGGAUCACUUGAGAGAAUUUCUCAAUCCAGUUUACACAAUACGCGAGUUUUUGCAUGUGGUAGCUGUGUUUCUGAAAGGUUGCCUGUAGCGCAAGUCAUUUCCCCGCUCUUCCAUCAGAGGUGCCUCAUUUUUGAUCCAUACGUUUUUCUGCUUUCCCACCCACUUGCGGAGUGGCUGAUACUCCUGAAAGACUGUCAUUUGAAGGGGUUCGAGAAGGGAACAUCUACGCCACACCAAGAAAAAUGGUACAACUUAGCUGUGUUGAGGUUUUCUUCUAGCAAAGAUGUUAGAUUUGGGAAAAACUCCCAACUGUGCCACUUAGUCACACAGUAAGACACAGGGCCCGGAACCAAACUCAUGCCCUCUCUUGCUACUUGGUAACCCCCUUGGCAAACAAACAGUCCCCUGAGCAGUCUGCAGAUUCCUGUCCCUCCCUUCUCCUUUUAAGGACUACAGAGAGUGGCCUAAUGAGCGCUCUAAUGUGAGCUCUCACCCCGCAGAGACCCUCACGGAGCCUCAGAAAUGGCAGCUUGGGGCUGAGAAUGAAAUCAGAUAUCUGCCGUCUCCCCAAGCUACUCACAUACAUGCAUGACAUGCACGCGCGUUACUUAAAGAAAACCUUUUUCUGCGGUGUGAGUAAAAGUAUUUAGCCCUGGAAUACGUCCAAACUCUAGGAAGCCAGAGGGAGAUGGAGAAAAACAAACUAAGCACAAGAUACGUGCUACAGCUCAUUCCAAUACAUUAACAAUGAUUUAAAAAAAUAAUCACCAUGGUAAAUAAAAAAAUACAGCACAGACAACAUAAGGACAAUGGAAAAGUCUGCCAGCAGCCUUGCCCUCAUGUCUGUUCUUCCUAAGAGUCCAAGUCCCCGCUCCUGACUCUGGGCUUGUCUCAGAAUGUCAGAUCUGCAGCCUGCCAGGAAGGUGGCCAGCAGAGAAGACUGGCCAGCACAGGCCUGUAACCCGAACCGCUGGGGCGGCUACCUACUUGCACUGGAAGGCUCCAAGUACUAAAUAAAGUUAGGAGGGGGGAGGGAGUGGGCGGAGAGGAAAGGGAAUACAAGCUGGCUCCUGAGGGAGGCGCUGAGGCCAGGAUCCAGGGCCCCCGCGCUCUAGCUGCUCUCAGGUCAGCGUCAGCACAAGCCGCAAGGUGAAGGUGGCCUGGCGGGGAGCCCGGGGCAGGGAAGCGAGGCACGUUGUGCAGCCUGGACGACGGCACUGAAAAGGGUCUCCAACAGCCACCGUCACCCCCCAGAACUGCCCCGAUUUCCUCCUGCCCCUUUCAGCUGUCCUUUAAGUUUUUCAAUGUAUAAAUGCCUUCAGGCAAUAGGAUCUUUAAACUAUUUUUAUGACUUGAAAAGGACACUAAUAUUACAUGUGCCUCAAAGCCACCUACGCAGCCUCUAGGGUGGGAAUGAAACCAGAUCCUAACCUCUGGGUACAACCAAAUUUCUUUUCAAUGGUGCUGAAGGUGGGCUUUCCCACUUUUUCCUCUCAUCCUCCUCCAGCAGUCUAGUCUAUAAAGAAAAAGGGCCAAGCAAGUAGCUCUCGGAAAAACACAAAAUUACAACUUCACGCCUCCUAGAAGUAGCCUUUAGCUUUGAGCACUGAGGGUUCUGAGACACCAUCCAAAUGCAGCGAGAUGUGACCAACAAGAUCACCCAAAUUGGGCUGUACCUGAAGCCGGUUCCCAAGUACCUGGGGGGACAGCUGUGCGCCGUAGGAAGCCCUCACAGGAGAUCAUGUUAGCAGGUGGAGAACGCGGGCCCUCAGAGACUGCUCUCCAUGGCUUCUAGAGGGGGCACCACGAUGGCUUCAGCCAAGGCCAAAAUGGAAUAAGAAGUCAUACCAUGAGUCUCAGACCUGACUGGGAGCAGGAACACACAUCCAGGAGGUUCAGAUGAUUUCCUGUAUCUAAAAGAAGCAGUCCACCAUCAUUUCAUACCAGGCACGAACUUCAGACUUGCAGUAUCUGGCCCCCUCAGGUGGAGUGAGGGACUACACACCGUCUCCGGCUCUGUGUCGACAGUCCUGCGCAAAGACCAGUCCAGGUCUGGCAAGGUACUCUUGUCUCUUCCUGUGUCCUCUGGAGGCUUGGCAAGCAGCUCUCCUACCUGGAAACUUCAGGGCUGGAGCUUCAGAGGCCUAGGAUCCUGUAAGUGAGGCACCCAGGAAGCCCCCAACAUCUCUACAUAGCAUCAGAAAUGUCAUCACAUUUGAGGUUUAUACCUGCCAAAAGUGUACACUUUCUUCCCUUCACCUGCAAUUAAGACAGGACUUCCAUAGGAAAUCCCUUUGUUUUUCCUGGUAGAAAUCCAUGCAAAAAUAUGGGAUAAGUCAUUUCAUACAAAAACAGCAGCAAAGUAUAAAGUACCAAUUGCAAGUGGCAAUUCCAUCUGCUGUAUUCUGCAAAAGGCCAGUAGAAGAGGGCUCUUUUUUUUUUUUUUUU